CGUUUUAUAUAUUACUAUAACAAUCAUCUGGCGGUACUGGCGUUUUAAGCGCCGGGUAAACCGUGAAAUAGACGGUAGUACCUUACGGCAGAAUACCAUCUAAAAUCCUGGCACCAUGGGUGUUUUCAGCUCCAUAGCCUACGUAAUUGUAGCGCCAUUCCGCGCUCUACGCUAUCGUACCGCGACUCCGCAGAUGCGCGCUCGCAUAAUCAAGUUAGGUGUCAUUUGCAGGAAGUCAUGGAUAUUCUUCCCUCCACUAAUGAUGUACCAAUACAUUCGUGAGAAAGACAAGGAGAUUUACACAUCGGAGUUAUUUUACAAGAACUCAAACAGUGAUAACCCCGUUUCAUACCACGACCCAUCCAAGCCCGAGGGCACUCGUCACUGGAAGAUACAGCAUGACCUAGCUUUGCUGUCAGCUGCUGCUAACAAUAAAUUCAACUCGGAUUAAAUUUAAUACACGUAUUUU